CCGCAGGAAAGAGGGCAGCAGGGCAGCAGGGCAGGGCGCAGCAUUAGUCGCGCUCUUCAACGCGUUUCCGACCCGCGAUAGUCGGCAGCGUCAGCGCUCAUCGCGUUGGUAACCAUGGUAACCGACGCCGCGGUCAUCCUUUCCGGGCGGGACGAGAUGUGAGGACGUCGCUCGGUGGAAGAUGGCGCCGACGAGCUAGCUGGACUCGGGAGAUGUUGCCAACAUGGCGGACUCUGGCGGUGCUGCCGCGCUAGAGGACGGCGCGGCUCCGGCCUCUCGGCCCCCGCUGGCGGAGAAGGCGGGUCCGGCCUCUCGGCCCCCGCUGGCGGAGAAGGCCCUGGCCGAGGCCUUCUGCCGGGUGCGCUACCGGGACACGUCGCUGCUGGUGUGGCAGCAGCAGCAGCAGCGGGCCGCCGCCGCGCCUCCGUCCUCCUACCUGAGCCGCAGCCAGUCGUCCUGGUACAGCAGCUACGGCAACCAGGCCGUGCUGGUCCGGGACAAGAGCAGCCUGGAGGACGCGGGCCAGUCCAGGAUCUGCAGCGUCAUGUAGGCCAGAGACUUGACUUUCACAAUAAAAGCCGAUGACGCACGACA